AUGUUUUUGCAAUAUCAUACUGCUUUCUACACCGUGAUUAUCACGGACAACGAGAAGAUUACGGGUGUCGUAACCUGCACUGGCAAGGAGAUGUGCAUGUCUGAUUCCGAACGGUUCGGUAAUGUCAACGUCAUCUGCAAGAACUCCCUCCCGGUUGACACAUGCUUUGCGAUUGUAAGAGAUAUCAUAGAAAACCUCCCACUUCAGGACAUCCGUCAAAAGUACGGUUACCUGGAUGGCUCUCUUCUCGAUUGUUUUGUGACAAAUAACUACGAGAAGAUCAGGGCUUUUUAUGCUGGCCUCACAGAUCGGUCUUACGAGACCAUCGAGUCGUAUUAUAACCGCCUCCUCGAGAAGGAAACACUCAUCCGCCAGAACUGUAAGCACUUGGUCAACGAGCUCAACCAGCGUCGCCACAUUGACAAUAUCGGUGAACUGCAAUAUGCUUCGAGAUUUGUGAGCCACGAAGUCUACGGACAUAUGGCCUUAUACCAAAAUUUCGUGAAUUCUUGCAAUAUGGACUUCAGUGACCUGCCGCUUUCUGAGUCCUGCUGGAGCCUUACCUGA